CAAUACGCUGCUCUCCCCAAAACACACAGGCGAGGGCCUCCGGAGGCCUUACAAGUGAUCUGCAUAUCCGAGUUCAUUCAUUAGUCGAUCGGACUCCUUGGCUGACGCAACAUAUAGUCAAAAAUCGCGCUCGCAUUAACAAAUACAAUUUUCUGAAUAAAUAAAGCCCUAAGAAACAGGAUAAAUAUUCCAAAAAAAAGUGUAGUGAAGCCAAGAAAAAGUUGCAACGCCAAAAAUACGAAUAAAAGUGAAUCCAAGUUCUUAAACAAGCUUUGAAGCUAUACCAAGCCUUAUAAGCCAAGGAUUACAAGGAUAUAACCAACAAUAUGCUACCAUCUUGCUACGCCAAUGGAUCACCUUUGCCGGAUAACGAAGAGUUGGUGAACUCUCUUCUAUCCAAUCCGGAGUACCUCCGGGCCCAAAUAUCGCCGAAUCCCUUAGGACCAAGUGCCGUCGGUGGUUUGGGAAUGGAGGGUCUAAUGUGCGGAUCGUUUCCUCCGGCCUUUUACUACCAAGGAAUAGAUAAUUUCUUGGCCCUUCACAACAAUAUCUGGAGUUUGCCAAUAUCCUUCCUGCAUAACACCCAUCGACCGGAAAAGCCGCCAUUUUCGUACAUUGCUCUUAUAGCCAUGGCUAUAAGUAGUGCCCCAAAUCAACGCCUGACUCUUAGCGGAAUUUACAAGUUUAUCAUGGACAAAUUUCCAUACUAUCGCGAAAAUAAACAGGGAUGGCAGAACUCGAUUCGUCACAAUUUGUCCUUAAAUGAUUGCUUCGUGAAGGUUCCACGGGAUAAAAACACAAUUGAGGAUAAUGACAGUGCCGGAAAAGGUAGCUAUUGGAUGUUGGACUCCUCCGCAUCGGAUAUGUUCGAGCAGGGAAACUACCGACGGCGAAGGACCCGCAGACAAAGGCAUUGCAACAGCACAUCUCGCUUUGAAAGAGAAGCUGGAAAGGAUUCUAAUGAUGGCAACAGCACCGGGGAAGUACGUUCUCCAACGGAAUCUCUCAAUGAUUUUGACAUCUUCUGCAAUGAUAGACCCAACUAUUCGGAUAGGAUUACCGAUUUGCACCGUCAGUACCUAUCUGUAUCACUUGGAUUCAAUAGCUUGUUUAACGUCGACGGAAGAAGUAUUCGUCCUGUAUCGAAUUCUGUUACCUACGAAGUGAGGGAAUCCCCGGAUGAUCCAGAUGCCUCCUCUAGUUCCAGUAAAACUCUUCAGAAUCCUGUGGAUAUUGCGAACCUACACGAAGACCUACAUUCCCCAAGUGCUUUCACUCCCCCCUUGAGUCGACGUGAUCCAACGAUAAUGGGGGAUUCUUUCAGGGGUCUGCAGGAUCUAAUGGGUGAAACCUCCAAUGCUCCAGCGACUUCAUCCACAGUGGCGAACAAUCGACCCAAGACAACAUUAUUUACAAUCGACAAUAUUAUUGGCAAGCCAUAAAACCUGUGCUUAGUUUUAAGAUAUUAAUAAGUAAACUACUUUGUUAUUAUACUUUUGGUUUUUGAAAAUGAAAAAGUUUUGAAUUUAUUUUUUGGUU